ACCUGGUUUUUUCUUUUCCCGCGUUCCUCUACCCAGUCAUCUCAUCUCCGCCUGUAAGAAAGAAACAGAAGGAACCGAGCUUUAUUCCUCAACUCAUCAACGACUUCUUCAAACCCUAACCACCCCUCUUUCUCUUUCUCUUUCUCUUUCUCUUUCUCUUUCUCUUUCUCUUUCUCUUUCUGUAGAAGUGUAAAUCUUUCUUUUCGUCUCUCAAUCUCAUGUUCUUUCACCUUCUCGACCAUGUCGCCUCUCUAUCUCUUCUUAUUCUGCGCUCUAUUCGUUGCAGUAUAUUCUCAAUCCUCACCUUCUAGGCCUACAGGUUUAUUCAUCGACUGCGGCGCCACCGCACGCUACGAUAAUAUAUGGGUCCUUGACAACGGGUAUGUCUUCUCGGGAGUUCCCAGAUCAGUAAUUAUACCUGAAAACCCCUACUUUGUCCGGACGCUCUCCACCGUCCGGUCUUUCCCUCUCGAAGGCCAUAUUCGCCGGAAAUUCUGCUACGUUCUGCCGGUCACCCGCAAUGUCAAAUACCUCGUACGGACCACAUACUUCUAUGGGGGAGUCAAUGGCAGAGAUUCGCCUCCGGUUUUUGAUCAGAUAGUCGACGGGACGUUCUGGAGCGUCGUGAACACGACGGAGGAUUACGCCAUGGGGAGAUGGUCUUACUAUGAAGGGGUCUUUGUUCCUGCUGUGAAGACGAUGAGCAUCUGCGUUGCUGGAAAUACGUAUACGGAUUCAGAUCCGUUCAUUUCUGCUUUGGAAGUUGUUCGUUUGGACAAUUCACUUUACAACUCCACAGAUUUCAAGAAAUAUGGUUUGAGUUUGGUUGCAAGGAACAGUUUUGGAUAUGGAGGACCCCUCAUCAAAUUCCCUGAUGACAAAUUUGAUCGAUACUGGGAGCCAUUUGGAGAGAUCAGUCCUACAAUACAAAGCUUUAGAAAUCUCUCAGAUUCUGGUAUUUGGAAUCUUCCACCCUCAAAGGUAUUUAGCACUGAGUUAACGUCUGACCAAGGAAUGCCCAGGGAGUUGCGAUGGCCUCAAAGAUCUCUUCCGAACUCCACCUACUACAUUGCUCUGUACUUCGCGGAUGAUCAUGAUGCUUCACUAGGGAAUAUAACAGUAUUAAACAUUGCUAUAAAUGGAAUACAAUAUUACAGCAAUCUGUCUGUGACUUCAGCUGGUGUUGCUGUUUUUGCCACACAAUGGCCUCUCUCUGGUCUUACAACAAUAACUUUGGCUCCUCCUCCUGGGUCGGCUAUGGGUGCUUUGAUCAACGCUGGGGAGGUUUUUAAUGUGUUGCCCCUUGGAGGAAGAACUCUCACACGAGAUGUAGUUGCUUUGAACGUAGUGAAUAAAAGUCUAGAAAAUCCUCCACUUGAUUGGAAUGGUGAUCCUUGUUUACCUCGCCAAUACUCAUGGACGGGAGUAGUUUGCUCUUAUGAAACCCGGAUUCGUGUGGUUGCUUUAAACCUCACAAGCAUGGGAAUUAGAGGACCUCUAUCACCUGAAAUUGCCAAUUUGACUGCAUUAACUGAGAUCUGGCUUGGGAAUAACACUUUCUGGGGAACAAUUCCUGAUCUAAGCAAUUUAAAGAUGCUGGAGACAUUGCAUUUGGAGGACAAUCAUUUUAGCGGGGUGAUUCCUCCGUCGCUGGGGAACAUUGUCAAGCUGCGUGAACUCUUCCUCCAAAACAACGAACUUGGAGGUGAAGUCCCAAACAGCCUUAAAGUAAAACCUGGACUGAACCUUAAGACUUAUGGGAACCAAUUUUUAGUGCAAGCGCCUCCAACAAAUUAAUUUGUGCAUGAAGAGUCAACUCUACUACAAAUUUCUGUGGGUGCUUUAGAGAUGCAUAUUUCAAGUAUCAGAAUUGGAAUUUCACCCGGUUUGGCACCUCUGUAAAAUACUGAUGAAAUAAGACAUAGUUAGUGCAAUUUGGAGCACCAAUGUACAUGCGGAUUGCUGUACGCAGUCAGAUUGACUCUUUUUCUGCUCAGCAAGCUUCAAGGCGUCCUCUCACAAAUAUUUGCCAGUGAUGAAUGACUUAGAAAGUCCUAUGUCCUCUGUAAAUGUUUCUCUUGCUUUUCUUUAUGCAGUAUGGAUACAUCUUACAUGUAUUUGAAGCUAGAAUUUGACAUAAUUGGAUAUAUAUGAUUUUUUUUUUUUUCA